AUGGCCGAGAGGUACUGCAGCAAGAAAGCGGUUGUGGCUGGUGGCGAGAACCGCUUAAGCACGCUCCCAGAAGAUGUGAUCCAGCCGGUGUUGUCGUUCCUGCCCUCGCGUCGAGCCGCGCAGACGUGCGCGCUCGCCACCCGCUGGCGCACCCUCUGCCUCUGGAAGUCUGUGCCAUCUCUUCGCAUCGAUGCCGAUGAUGAGGCCUACCGGUGUUGCCACGACUUGAAGCGUUUCAUCGAUGGCUUCCUUCGCUGCCGUGACCCAACACCUCUGCACGAAUGUGAGAUCCUUUUUGACGAUGAUCGGGGCUCGGAGCAGUUUCACCCAGACUUUGAGCUGUGGCUCUAUUAUGCUGUGUCACACAAAGUGAGGGUUCUUCGAUUCAAAAUCCUAGCUGGCCAUGAUCCUUUGCAGCUAUCUGCCGGGGCUCUCAUCUCCGACCACUUGACAACAUUAGUUCUUCGUUGUGUCGAGUUCUAG